CUUCUUUUCUGCCACAUUGAAAUUCAUAAUCCAAUGUGUCUUUUGUCCAACCACCAUAUAAGUAAGUUUUAUAUAGAGGGUAGGCUGGUUCCUUUGAAGAAAUUCUAUUCUAUGAUCAACCCUGAAUCAUGUCAUGCAUGAAGAGGCUCCGUAAGAUCCAGUUGAAUGUUUGAUUUUGCAUGAUAUAACCCAGAUUUUUUUCAUUUUUUUAAUAUAUAUAUUUUCUAUUAACUAAUAGUUUGAAUAGUAUUGAAAUGCAUUCAUUUCCUCGGCAUUGACCUGAUCUAUGAUACUAUCGGAGUGAAACAAGGGAUCUAAAGAACAAUAGAGACUGGCUAUAUUAGUAACAAGUGAACCCUUUGAUUUGUAAUAUAUGUAAUUCUACAUUUUAUAGAAACUCAAAAUCUCCAAAUAGUUUGGAAAUAAACAACAAUCACAAGGUAUGAGACGACCCAAAAAGCAUUUGAUCAUAAUAAACUUUGUAAGCCUACUUGGGUAUUGAGCUUUUAUUUGUAAGAGCGAAAUUCCUUUCUUUCCAUGGAUAAGUAUGACUUCGGAAAGGGAGGUUUAAGAAAGGGGUUCUUACAGAGAACCUUUUAUAUGGAUAAAAUAUAUUAUGGAUCCAUUUGGUUCUUUUAAUUCUUGCUCGAGCCGGAUGAUGAAAAAUUAUCAUGUCCGGUUCUUUCGGGGGAUGAAUUGAAUCUAUAAGAAUUCACCUAUCCUAAUAACAAAAAAACCUGACUUAAAUGAUCCUGUAUUAAGAGCUAAAUUAGCGAAAGGUAUGGGGCAUAAUUAUUAUGGGGAGCCCGCAUGGCCUAAUGAUCUUUUAUAUAUUUUUCCUGUAGUGAUUUUAGGUACUAUUGCGUGUAACGUAGGAUUAGCGGUUUUAGAACCAUCAAUGAUUGGUGAGCCGGCGGAUCCGUUUGCAACUCCUUUGGAAAUAUUACCUGAAUGGUAUUUCUUUCCUGUAUUUCAAAUACUUCGUACAGUACCAAAUAAGUUAUUAGGCGUUCUUUUAAUGGUUUCAGUACCUGCGGGAUUACUAACAGUUCCUUUUUUAGAGAAUGUGAAUAAAUUCCAAAACCCAUUUCGUCGUCCAGUAGCUACAACUGUUUUUUUGGUUGGUACUGUAGUAGCCCUUUGGUUAGGUAUUGGAGCAACAUUACCCAUUGAUAAAUCCCUAACUUUAGGUCUUUUUUAAAUUGAUUCAAUUGUGAAAUAACACAAGGUCUGUAUCUAGGGAAUAGUCGCUUCAAAGUGAAUUUUCCCUAGAUACAU